UGGGAAGGAGAAGCAAUCCAAGGCCAUUCAUUUCUUUCUCCAUUCUUCCCCUUAACCCUCAAAUCUUCACCAAUCCAGUGGACUCCAGCUCCGAGAACCAGCAAAUCUUCCACAAAGGGGAGACUUGCUGUGCUUCCCUUUGAAUUGGUACCAAUUGAUUGCUUUCUCUUCAGAAUUAUCUCCGGAUGCUGACGAGCCCUUGAAUGGAAAUUCUGACUCCGUGUUACCACAGCACCAAUUGUUUAGUUAGCGAGAAAAGAAAGGGUAGCAAAGGAACUGGUACUUGGACCCAUGACGAGAACAAGCGCUUUGAGGAUGCAUUGGCAAGGUUCGACAAAGAGACCCCCGAUCGUUGGGUAAUGGUGGCGGCUUCUGUCCCCGGGAAGACUCCAUGGGAGGUGGAAAGUCACUACCUGGACUUGGUGGACGAUGUGAGGCAGAUAGAAUCAGGGAGGAUCCCUUGUCCUGGUUAUGACUCUUCGUUUUCUCUAGGAUGGGAGACAAAUUAUGGCUUUGAAGGUCUGAAGCAAGCAUACAGAAUCCAUGGUAAGCGAUCAGGAGGACGAGCAUUCGGCCAUGAGAGGAAGAAAGGAGUCCCGUGGACUGAAGCCGAACACAAGCUUUUCCUGCUUGGUCUAGAAAAACAUGGUAAAGGGGAUUGGAGAAAUAUCUCUAGAAAUUUUGUGAACACAAGAACCCCUACUCAAGUGGCUAGUCAUGCCCAGAAGUACUUCAUUAGACUAAAUUCAGGUGGCAGAGAUAAAAGAAGGUCUAGCAUACAUGACAUCAAAACCACGAAUCUAUCGGAAAAUAGGCCUCCAGCUCUAUCAGAGCCACCCACCCUUACUCCUGAGCCAACCACAGCUUUUGUGCUGCCAUGGCCUGGUUCUCACAUCCAUUAUCAAUUCAAACCGACACAGUGAAGCAAAUGGAAUACUUAGUUUAUCUGUGCCAAUUCAUAUAGAAGUUCCUUAAUUAUAGUCUGAAAUCAGUAGCUCGUGCACCUCAGAAUGGCACUCUUCAACUUGCAAGAAGUCACAUUGUCACUGUAACUGCUUGUGAAUUGAAGUAACUCUGCACAUCAUCAUCUUGAAAUGUGAUAAAUAGUCAAGGUUAAUGUAAAGUGAAGAAAUGCUGCAAUCUAAUGCCAGCCACAAAAUGGUUUCGCCCAAGCACAUUUGUAGAUUGUUGAUUCAUGCAAAGCCAUUGUUAAAGAUGAAGUAUAUAAAUUGAUAGAUGGUGGCUGAGUCAGAUGCCAUAUUCUUACUCUGCAACUGUGAAUGACUGUUGAUGGUGAUAUCAGUUUUGGAGGCUUCAUCUACCAGCUCGGGCUUCAUUAAUGCUUGUUUGUCUCAGCUCGGCCACUAACUUUAGUUGGGAGUCUGUAUUCCACUGACUCGGCAUCUCAUGCUUUCAUCCUUUUACUUUUUUUUUUGUUUUUGCUUUGUUUUUCCUUUUCCUUUACGAGUGUAUCUCUAUAAUGUAGCAUAAUGUCUAUCCCAAUAGAAUCAGAUUAACGUGUUGUCAGAUACAGACAAAUUCAUCGUUUUGUUUUUCCCAUUAGAAAAUUUUCAACUAUGGAAUUAAAUGCAAUGCUAAAUUCAUCUCAA